AACCGCAACCAUGAACGGGACAGAAGGCCAAGACUUCUAUGUGCCCAUGUCCAACAAGACCGGGGUGGUGCGGAGCCCCUUCGAGUACCCCCAGUACUACCUGGCUGAGCCUUGGAAGUUCUCGGCACUGGCUGCAUACAUGUUCAUGCUGAUCCUGCUUGGCUUCCCCGUCAACUUCCUCACGCUGUACGUCACCAUCCAGCACAAGAAGCUCCGGACGCCUCUAAACUACAUCCUCCUGAACCUGGCAGUCGCUGACCUCUUCAUGGUCUUUGGAGGCUUCACGACCACCAUGUACACUUCGAUGAACGGGUACUUUGUCUUUGGAGUAACAGGGUGCUACAUCGAAGGCUUCUUUGCUACGCUGGGUGGUGAAAUUGCUCUCUGGUCACUGGUUGUCCUGGCUGUGGAAAGAUACGUAGUGGUCUGCAAGCCCAUGAGCAACUUCCGCUUUGGGGAGAACCAUGCCAUCAUGGGCGUUGCCUUCUCCUGGAUCAUGGCCUUGGCGUGCGCGGCUCCCCCGCUCUUUGGCUGGUCCAGGUACAUCCCCGAGGGCAUGCAGUGCUCGUGCGGGAUCGACUAUUACACUCUGAAGCCAGAGGUCAACAAUGAAUCUUUUGUCAUCUACAUGUUCGUGGUUCACUUCAUGAUCCCGCUGAUGGUCAUUUUCUUCUGCUAUGGGAACCUGGUUUGCACUGUCAAGGAGGCUGCCGCCCAGCAGCAGGAGUCUGCCACCACCCAGAAGGCAGAGAAAGAAGUGACCCGCAUGGUCAUCAUCAUGGUCAUCGCCUUCCUGAUCUGCUGGGUCCCCUAUGCCAGCGUCGCUUUCUACAUCUUCACUAACCAGGGGUCAGACUUUGGGCCCAUCUUCAUGACCAUCCCGGCUUUCUUUGCCAAGAGCUCCGCCAUCUACAACCCUGUGAUUUACAUUGUCAUGAACAAACAGGUAACUGCUUUGACAGACGAUGCCUACGAAAGCCCCGUGACUCUUGCGUAA